AUGCACUCGAUGAAAGAGUAUUUUUAUUUAUCAAAGAGAACGACAGCAAAAACGUUUGAGUUUGAUGAUGAGCUUCCAUCUUUACCCUUACCAACAUUAGAACAUACGCUUGAUCGUUAUCUUGAUUCAGUACGAGCUGUUGUCAACGAUGAUGAAUAUGAUAAGACUAAAAAAAUUGUUGAACAAUUUUCUAAAGGAACUGGACGAGAAUUACAUGAACAAUUGGACACUAAUAUUAAGAAUCGUCAAGAACGAAAUUGGCUCUCAAAAUGGUGGGAUGAAGAAAUAUAUUUAAAAUGGCGAUUACCGAUCGCACCAGAUAUUAGCAUGGUGAGUUUUAAUUGUUUAAUAUCACCUAAAGUCGACUCACAACUAACACGAACAAGCAUACAUAUAUAUGCUAGUGCUCUCGUUUUUGAAACAAUACGCGAAGAACGUUAUCCAGUAUCAUACAUGGGUAAACAUCCAUUGACAAUGUAUCAAUUUAAACAUUUUUUUAAUACAUGUCGAGUUCCAUAUAAAGGAUGUGAUAAAUUAGUUAGUUCAUUUCGAACUGUUUCUGAAGAUGUUCAAACGCCACCAACUCAUGUUGUAAUUAUUCGUAAUGGACAUCUAUUUACAUUCAAUUUAUAUGAAUCAAAGAAACUUCUUACACCACCUGAAAUUCUUCGAAGACUUGAAGAUAUUGUUAAACAAUGUGAUCAAAGUACUGGACUUGGGUUAGGUGCUCUAACAGCAUUACCACGUGAUGAAUGGGCAGAAAUACGUAAUCAUUUAUGUGAAAUUAAUGAACAAAAUAAAAUCAAUUUUCAAGUUAUUGAACAAGCAUUACUUGUUUAUGCAUUGGAUGAUGAUAAUCCUGAAAAUUUAACAGAGCUUGCUCGCAUUGGUAUGUUGAAAAACCCUCAGUCACGUUGGUUUGAUCGGUCGAAUGUUUAUAUUGUUACACGGAAUGGUCUUAUUGCAGCAAAUGGCGAACAUUCAGCUUAUGAAGCCAUUAUUUCAAUACAAAUCAGUGAUCAUAUAAAACAUCACAUUGAUUCUCUUGAAAAGAUAAAUUCAUGGCCAAUACCAUCUGAUCCUUAUAAUAAAAUAAUUGUUCGAGAACUUUUAUUUAUUUAUGAUUCAUAUGUAUUUAAUGCUAUUAAUCGUGCAGUUACUUUAUUUCAUCAUUCAGCGAAUAAUAUUAAAAUAAUAGUAAAAAAUGUAACUCAAUGUACAAAAGAAGAUAUUAAACAAUAUGUUCGUAUUCAUCCAGAUAGUUUUUUUCAAUUAUGUCUUCAACAAGCUUAUUUUAAAUUACAUGGAUAUAAACCUGCAUCAACUUAUGAAACAGGAUCAACACGACGUUUUUAUCGUGGAAGAACUGAAACAAUACGAAGUUGUUCACCAGAAGUGGUGGCAUGGUGUCGUGCAAUGACAAAUUCAAAUAAUCAAUUAACAGAAAAUGAAAGACAAUUAUUUCUUAUUGCUGCUAAACGUCAUCAAGAAUUAAUGACUGAAGCAUGGGAAAAUCAAGGUUGUGAUCGACAUUUACUUGGAUUGAGUAUGAUAGCACAUUUAACAGGAAAGCCAUUCGAACUUAAACAUGAUCCAUCAUGGAUAAAAAGUGGUGGAGACCGUAAUUUUAUUUUAUCUACAAGUUGUCUUGGUUUCAAUACAUCAUUAGCUGGAACGGCACCAAUGUGUUUAAAUGGUUAUGGAGUUUUUUAUAGAAUUGGUAGUGAUGCAAUAACAUUUUUCGUCGCUACUUAUCAAAAUUGUUCGGAUACGAAUGCACAAGCAUUAGCAAAUUCAAUUGAACAUACUCUAAUUGAAGUUAAAACAUAUUUUAUGAAAUCAGAUUUCAACACAUCAUACUUAUGGACAGGAAAACAAUGGGAAAGUGCACAUUCAACAGAAGUUGGUGUUGGGUGUUUUUCUGGUGAUUCAUCGGUAAUGUUAAUUAAUGGUGAACAAAAACCAAUCGGUUCUCUUCAAACAGGGAAUGAACUUCUUGCUGUUGAUCAUUUGGAAGUAGUUCCUACUGAAAUGGUUUUUAUGUUGGAUAAACAAACAUCAAAACAAGCGAAAUUUUAUACAUUGAUAACUGAUUCGGGUCAUCAAAUAAGUUUAACAGGUCUUCAUUUAAUACCGAUUAUUUCAUCAAGUAACAAAAUGAAUUAUAUCGCAGCUCGGCAUGUUCAAUUAGGGGAUCAAUUGUAUGUUCUUAUGAAUGGUCAUAUUGAAUUUUCACCAGUUAGAAAUAUCACUAUAGAAAUAAAAAAAGGAUAUUUUGCUCCAUUAACAUUGACAGGAACUAUAUUGAUAAACGACGUUUUGGCAAGUUGUUAUGCCUCAGCAAAAAACCAUCAAUGGGCACAAACUUUUAUGGCUCCAUUUCGUUGGUAUUAUAAACUAGCUCGUUUUAUUUCUGUCAAUCAACCAUUUAAUAAUAAUCGAACCGAUGGAAUACAUUGGGUUGUCAAAAUUAUUUAUCAACUGAUAACCUAUAUUCAACCUUCGACAUUACACAUUUUAUAA